AUGAGUAUGAGAAGCGACGAAAGGAGACAAAAACCUCUGCUCCAGGUCCUCCUGCCGGGGCCCGCGGAGGACACACGCGGCGUGGCCGCUCCCGCCGCCUCCGCUGCAGGUUCCCCGGCCCGAGCUCCGCCGCUCGGCAGCGCGGCCGCCGGCCCUGAGCCGCCGGGGCCCGGGGCGGGUGGGGUUGCCCGGACCGGGACGGUCGGGGGGCGCUCGGGGGCCGUGUCUGGCCCCGGGCCGAGCGCUGACGGCCGCGUGUCGCCCGCAGGGAAGGCGCAGGAGGCCUUGCAGGAGCGGUACCGGCUGGGUUCGCUGCUGGGCAGCGGCGGCUUCGGCACCGUCUACUCGGGGACGCGCCUCGCGGACGGCGCCCCGGUGGCAAUCAAAUGCGUGGCACGGGAUCGCAUCCGGCACUGGGGCGAGCUGCCCCACGGCGCCCGUGCGCCCCUGGAGAUCGUGCUGAUGGACAAGGUGUCCUCUGGGUGUCUUGCUGUCAUUCUGCUCCUGGAGUGGGUUGAGCUGCCCAACAGCUUCUUGUUGGUGCUGGAGCGUCCGGAGCGGUGCCAGGACCUCUCGGGUUUGCUGGCGGAGCGGAGGUUCCUGCCGGAGGAGGAGGCGCGGGGUCUGUUCCGCCAGGUGCUGGAGACCAGCUGCGGGGUCCUGCACAGGGACAUCAAGCCCGAGAACAUCCUCCUCGACCUGGCCACCGGACAGCUGAAACUGAUCGACUUUGGCUGUGGCGCCUUCCUCCAGGACACAGCCUACACCCAGUUUGCAGGAACCCUGUCCUACAGCCCACCAGAGUGGAUCCACCACCAGCACUACCACGGCGAGGCAGCAGCGAUGUGGUCCCUGGGCCUCCUGCUGUACCACCUGGUCGUGGGGAAGCACCCGUUCAGGAGGGGCCAGGAGAUCAUCUGGGGACGGAUCUUGUUCCCACAAAGGCUCUCUCAAGGUGGAUCCUCAUCUCUGGGCAGGGGGGAAUAG